UGGGGCCUCGGAGAAGGACGGGAGAGCUGGUCCUGGAGGGCUCUGGGUGGUUGGGCACCUCUCCCCAGGAUGGGAGGUGUCUCCUGCUCUGGGCCUUUGGUGCUGGGCCUGCUCCAGUUUUUAGGAGGUGUGGCCCUGGCAGAGCUGCUGACUGCGACCCCAUCAAGAGACAGUGCCACCGGGCUCCUGGGAGACCCCACAGUCAGUGGGACGCUGGACCCCCGUGACUGGGACAUUCCCGCUAUCAACCAUGUAUUCAACCCUGAAGAAAACCCUGAGAGUGGCUUCUUGAUCGAAGGUGACAUCAUCAAGACGAGCCCUUUCCGGAUGUAUUCUGCCUUCAGCUCCAAGUGGCCAGUGAAAGAUGGGAUGGUGCAGAUUCCCUACCGCCUGUCCGGCAAGUAUGACCAGUCCCACCGGGCUGUCAUCCUGGAGGCCUUCACCGACUUUGAGCAGUUGACUUGUGUUAGAUUUGUUCCACGCACAAAUGAGAGUGACUUUGUCUCCAUCACACCCCUGGCUGGGUGCUAUUCCAGCGUGGGGCGCAGCGGGGGCAUGCAGGUGGUCUCCUUGGCUCCGCUGUGCCUCCAGAGGGGCAAGGGCAUCGUGCUGCACGAGCUUAUGCACGUGAUGGGCUUCUGGCACGAGCACUCACGGGCCGACCGCGAUCGCUACAUCGACAUCUCCUGGAGUGAGAUCAUGCCGGGCUUCGAAAUCAACUUUGUCAAAUCUCAGAGCAGCAAUAUGGUGGUGGCCUAUGACUACUCAUCUGUGAUGCAUUAUGGGAGGUUCGCCUUCAGCGCCAGGGGCUUGCCCACCAUCACGCCUCUGGCAGGGUCUGAGGUCUCCAUUGGUCAGCGGCGGUACCUGAGCAGCUCCGAUAUCGCCAGAGUCAACCAGCUGUACACGUGCAGCCGGACCGGGUUGGAAGUGGCCGGGAACCGGCACAACGGCAUCAAAAGGUCCAGGGGGCCGAGGGCCAUGGACGCGGCUCUGCGUGAGAGGGGGAGGGUCCAAGCAGAGACCCCCUCCGUCACCUCCGUGGGAAUCGCUGCUGACAGUAGUCUGAGCCCCUCCGGGCCAGGGGAGGGGGCUGUGACUGACAGAACCAGGGAGGGUCCUAGGGAGGAAGGGUCCACCCGGCCCCCUGCCCCGGAGAGCUCGACAGUAGAGGCAGUGGACUCCCACCUUGCUGCGCUGGGCUCCUCCCCUGCCCCCUCCUCGCCCAUCGGCUUCAGCCCCGAGAGGGCUCCUGGGCCCGGCCACCUGCCCCCUGUCACCCCCACGGCUGACCCCCUGGUCCCUGGCAGUGAGGGGCUGGGGCCUGUGCUGGUCUCUGUGGAGAGCGGGGUCCCCCUCCCCUCGACUGAGGGGGCGGUCCCGGCAGAAAGAGAGGUUGGGCGGCAGACACGCCACCCCCUUUGGGGAGCAGGCCCCGCGGGCAGCUUCAGGACGACCCCUGCCCUCCCUCCAGGAGCGUUCCCUGACUCCGGGACCUCCAGUCCCUUGCAGCCCCUGGAGGGGAGCCCCCCUGCCCUGCCCCCAGGAACAAGGGGGGUGGAGACCCUGUCUCCUGGGAGUGCCUCCUUUGGGACUGGCCAGCCCUGGACCUCUGUCCCAGGGGUGGGGAGGCUCCGAAAGGGUGAAAAUGGGAGCCUCUCCCACCCUUCGCCGACAGAAAUCGCAUCCCAAAGGGUCUCUGACCCCAGUGGCCUGGAAGAGGAAGAGGCUGGCCCCUUGGCUGCCAGCCUGUCCCUACCAGAGGGUGCAGAGGGAGUCUAUACCGUAAAGCCCAGCCUGUCCCCUGAGGGUGCUGGGACCAGAGGCCCCCACGCUCCAGUGGGAGAUGCCCCGGCAAGACUCCGGGGCUGGGGAGAGACCCAGAGGCGGCCUCCCCACCCCAUCUCUCCUAGGUGGGAGACUCGGGUUAAUCAAAGGACAGGAGCCACUCUGCUGACCUCAGGACCAAAGCUACCCCCUUGGGGGUCGGGGGUGGUCCUGGGAUCAGAUGGAGGGAGCUGGCCCCUCCAGCCUAAAGCUCCAGGCUCAGAAGAUGGCCCCGCGUGUCACCCAGCAGGCCCAAUCCUACUUCCUGGUCCUCUGAGCGGAGUCCCCGCCCCUGCCGAGACAGAGUCCCACCGCCCAGGGACGCUCCCCUCGGCCGGGACACCAGCCCCGGACAGUCUGGGAGGGACGGGGCCUACCGGCUCUCAAGAAAUGGGAGGGAGGCCCAGGGCCUUCCUCUGGGGAAGAGAGGUUCCUUCCAAGGCUAGGGUGUCUGAGCCCCCAGCCCUCCGGACUGGGGCCGUACAGAGCAGCGGGCUUGUGCCCGUGGGGCCGUCGAGUCUGCGGCCCAGAGCUCCUUCCAGGCAGAAGGGAGAGUCGAUCGUUCAGUUGGCUAGCGGGGCCGCUUCCUCCCUGCUGGGGGAUGCCGUGGGGGGAGCGACAAGCCCUAGCAGGGAGACACGGGCCUCCCCCUCGGGCCCUCCCACGGCCGCCACGGGGAGCCCAGCCUUGCCGCCGGCCCCUCGGGCCGGAGACGGGACCCCCUUCGGCCCGGGCCGAACGGCUCCUCCGGCUCCAGAAGGCAGAGGCCUGAGGACUGUGAGCAGUUGGUUGGCACGUGCUCUGGCCAGGGAGGCCGAGGCAGAACCCGGUCCCCGGUCAGGAGUUGUGGUUGCCAGUCUCGACCCCGGACUGCCGUUCCCAGUUGUUUCCCCCAGCGUGGGGGUCGGGGAGCCGCGGGCUAGCGGGGGCCCGGCCAAGCUGAAGGCGGAGCAAAGCCGAGGUCGAGCAGAGGCCAAGGGUCCUCCCCAGGCCCCCGGCUCCUCCGGCCGAGAGCUCAGGCUUUUCCUGGGGCCCAGAACCCGGAGCCAAGGCCGCCCAGCCGCCGCCACCUCCUCGGCGGCCUCCGCCAGGGGAAGCCGGCUCCCUCACCCUAUACGGCCAGCCCCAGAAGGGGAUUCGAGCCGGUCUGGUGGAGGAGGCCGAGGCCCAGCCGCCGAGCUCCUUCCUGCUGGGGCUAGCCCGUCCCUGGGCGCUGUGCCCACAGCACGGGGCGGAGGCCUGCUGGCACCUGCGUACUCUCUGGGUCCAUCUGCCAAAGCCCAGCUUACUGAGCGAGGGGCAGGGGGAACCCCAGGGUUCUGGGAAAGGGGACUGGCUUCCCCAUUGACCCCAGGCAUCCCACCAGCUUCCUCUGCCACAUACUCCCCUCCAGCCCUCUUCCCCUACUCCCCCGCACCCUCGAUCCUCCCAGAGACCCUACCCCUCACUAAGGCAGCUGAGUCAGCCCACGCUGCUUCUGCUUCUACAGAAGUCUCAGGGCAAAGACGACAACCGGCAGUUCUGCUCCCACUCUUCCGGGGAGGGGAGGCUCCGGGUCCCCGGGGACGGAGAACUGCUCUGCCUAGGGGUGCGGGAGUGGCUUGGAGGGCCCUAGGGGGAAGCCUAGCUGAGCAGCAGCGGGGCUUGGAGGCCGCCGAGCCUCAGACCCUUUGGGUGAGCUCCACGCGGCCAGACAAGAGGAGCCGUCCUCUUCGGCUAGAAGCCGGGCUCGGGGAUAGAGUCGACGCCCCGAAACCUCCCCUUGGGGCUCCCCGGCAGUGCCCUCUUGCAGCAGGAUGCCUCAACCUCUCCCUGCAAGGACAAGCUGGGCAUCCGACCUCCACGGGGACCGUGGCUCCUGGAGUUCCGGGGGUGCCCCCGGGACGGACGUCUCUGUCGCAUCUCCCCGGGGGCAGGGCCCACCGGGGCCCCCGGGAUCCCAUGCCGCCCCCAAGGUCUGAGACCCCUAAGCCCCUAGGAGUCUCUCCGACGGCUUCCCCGUGCCCGGCUAGGCUCUGCCCCCGUCUCUUGGGGUCCCCGCCCCUGACAUCUGGGGGGCACCCUCUGCCUCGGGACUGGCUCUGUGACUUCGAGAUUGACUUGUGUGGCUGGCAGCAGAGCGAGGCAGCGGAUUCCAACUGGACACGCACCGGGCACGGCCUGGCCCGGGGAGACGGCCUCUCUGUGGAAGCUCCCUGCGCCUUCCCCGGAGGACACCACCUCUCCCUGAGGAACCCGGCUCCAGAGCGAAGAGCGGUCCGCCACGCUGCCCUGAUCAGUCCCCUCCUCUCUGGUGCCAGAUGGAUCCGGUUCUGGCACGGUCCCCUGUGCCCCAACGUGGGCACCGUUAAUCUGUACCUCCGCUUUAAAUCUCUCCCUGGCUGGCACCCACUCUGGACCAGCACAGGAUGUGACCGCUCGCCCUGGAAUUGGGUGGAAGUGGAGUUGCUGGCCUCUCGGAAGAUUCAGGUGAUGGUGGAAGGAGUCAUAGGCCCAGAAGAGGGUGCCUUUGUAGCCAUUGACGACUUGUCUAUCUGUGGCUACCACUGAUCGAAGGAUGGCGAGAAACCAACAGCUUCCUGAAUGUCUCGCGACAUCCCAAAUAAACGAUUACUUGGAUACAGUGA